CAACUAUAGACAGUUUGUGAAAUGGCAAAAUGGAAGUUAUGCUAGUGGUGUUUUUUCUGGUUCUACUACAAACUGAAGUGACCGACGGAGAAUGUGAAGGUUGUAAAUACGGCUGUUGUACUACGGCUCACGGGGACGGGGAAUGCUGUACGGCCAUCGUCCCUAUUAUAGGCGUCAUCGCUGCUGUGACGUCAUGCGGUGUCGUCAUUGCUAUUGUCGCUAUCGUGUGCUGCUGUCGACGUCAACGACCCGACAUCUCCAAGAAAGAGCCUCGCCCAUCCCCGGAUGAUCCAGCGUCAAACACAAUACGUGGUAAUGGUGGGACGAGUCAGCGAUACCCUCUUAUGCCACUACGGUGUCAGGAAUGCGACGAUAGAUAUACCAACUCGUCACAGUGGAGAGACGAUAGGAGCGAAGCCUGGUCCUUGGGUUUAAGUGUGAUCCCGGGUCACACCCUCGUCCCUACACCCAUGGGAUCGACAUACAGCAUCAGAACCAGUACAGUGGUAGAUUCUCCGUCUUAUCAACAGAAUUUGUCUGUAUUCUAAACCUUGUCGGCUGAAACUUUACGUGGCGGUAACUCAGGGCUUCAUUGUGAUUUGUUAACGCACGAUUCUACAGGUCAAUGCUGAACUCUUUAUGUCGCAAAAUAUUUAUGGAAUUACAUCCAUGACCGGAUCAAAUAAUUCAAUGCUGAUAUGUUUGAUCUCAAGGUCGGACCUGUUAAAAGUUGAGAUUCAAUAACUUUGAAAUAAGACGCCAUCGU